AUGGCGAAUGAGCCAGGCAAGCCUCGCCUUGACCGCGCUGAUGAUAAGACGGCCUGCUUCGUACAUUCCCUGAUCGCAGGUGAAUGGGUUUGUCCCCCGAAGGACACACAGAUCGCGCCUGAUGCGCUGGACGACACAAUUGGUUUCGACGAUACCGCUGUAGAUACCGAUGGCGUUACCGUUACUGAUAUGGACGACUGGACGCCAAAGCAAUCCGAGACCAUCGUGGAGUCCCGGCAGUUGACGAAAAAGCAGUUGUCUGAUAUGGCAUGGAAUGUGCGAAAGCUGUCGAAAAAGCUGGAUAGCAUCAAACUCAAGCUUUCUGUCAAAAAUGUCUUUGUGGUGACUAAAGCGGGCGAUGAUAGCGUGAUUGCUUUUACGAGGAAGGUCACGCAAUGGUUAUUGUCCAAAGAUCGUGAUACGGAGUAUAAUGUCUAUGUGGAGAGGCGACUGGAGGCGGCUGCAGAUUUCGGCGCUCCUCAAUUAUUGCAGGAUGAACCUUCCGCAGCAGAUCGGCUCAAGUUCUGGGAUAAUAAGUUUGUCUACGAGAAUGCCUAUCUCUUUGACUUCGUCAUUACACUGGGUGGUGAUGGGACGGUUCUUUAUACGAGCUGGCUCUUCCAGCAAGUAGUACCGCCGGUCCUCUCUUUCUCACUGGGAUCGUUGGGAUUCCUAACCAAGUUCGAUUUUAAUGACUACCAGAAGACGCUCAGGUCCGCAUUUAAAGACGGCGUUGCCGUUAGCUUGAGGUUACGAUUUGAAUGCACAGUUAUGAGGAGUAAUAGGCGAGAGGAUGGGUCAUUAACGCAUUCGAAGAAACGAGAUCUGGUAGAAGAGCUGAUUGGCGAAGAAAUGGAAGGCACGUUAACACACAAGCCGGAAAAGGUCGUUCAAAUUCUGAAUGAUGUCGUCCUCGACCGGGGGCCGAAUCCCACAAUGUCCUCCCUUGAAUUGUUCGGCGACGAUGAACAUUUCACCACUCUGCUUGCAGACGGUGUCUGUAUUGCUACACCCACGGGCUCAACGGCUUACAACCUAGCCGCUGGAGGAUCUCUAUGCCACCCUGACAACCCUGUUAUCUUGGUCACAGCAAUCUGCGCACAUACACUAUCUUUCCGACCGAUCAUACUACCAGACACCAUCGUUCUAAGAAUGGGCGUGCCCUAUGAUGCACGCACCAGCUCGUGGGCAAGUUUCGAUGGUCGAGAAAGAGUUGAAUUGCACCCAGGUGACUACGUGACUGUUUCCGCCUCACGGUAUCCAUUCGCAAACGUGUUACCGCAAGACCGGCGCAACAAUGAUUGGGUCCACAGUAUCUCAAAGACAUUAAACUGGAAUUCAAGACAAAAGCAAAAAGCUCUCAAGUAA